AUGCGCAACAACCAUAGUAUUGUCGUGGUUGAGACCUCUUCUGUCAAACCAGGUCUUCAGCGACUCAACAAACCAGGACUCGAUCUUCGGGUAAGAGGCGUUGGGCUCGUGGUACGGAAACUUGGGUCUGGAGGAGCAACCAUAUCCAAGAAGGUCUAUGGCGUGGAUAUGCCAGUCUGGUUUCCUUACUGCCAGGUCUUGCAAGUUCUUGACGAAAAAGCCAAGCCCUGCUCCGUAACCAUGGAUGAAUACCACGUGCUUGUUGGACUGGAUGUUUGCUGGGGCAAUGUGGAGCUCGUUGAUGUAGUUAUUUUUGUCGUCUAUCAUUGUUUUGACUACCUGGGCCUUAUGAGAAUUUGUUGGGUUGGGGUAGAACGGCAAUAUCGAUAA